AUGGCCGUCGUCAAGAGCAGCCAGGAGAUGGACUACGCCAUCAAGCCUGAAGCGCUCACUCCUUCUAUUCCCACUUCAGAAUGGCCGCUUCUCCUGAAGAACUACGACCAGUUGCUGGUCCGAACAGGACACUUCACCCCGAUCCCUGCCGGAUCUUCGCCUCUCAAGCGUGAUCUGAAGUCCUACAUUAGCUCCGGUGUCAUCAACCUCGACAAGCCCUCGAACCCGUCCAGCCACGAGGUUGUGGCGUGGAUGAAGCGGAUCCUCAGAUCCGAGAAGACUGGCCACAGCGGUACUCUCGAUCCCAAGGUCACCGGCUGUCUGAUCGUCUGCAUUGACCGCGCGACCCGCCUGGUCAAGUCCCAGCAGGGUGCCGGAAAGGAGUAUGUGUGCGUGAUCCGUUUGCACGACAAGAUCCCCGGCGGCGAGGCGCAGUUCCGUCGCGCUCUGGAGACCUUGACCGGUGCGCUGUUCCAGCGUCCUCCCCUGAUCUCGGCCGUGAAGCGCCAGCUCCGUAUCCGUACCAUCCACGAGAGCAAGCUCUACGAGUUCGACAAUGACCGCCACCUCGGCGUCUUCUGGGUCAGCUGCGAGGCUGGAACCUACAUUCGAACCCUUUGCGUGCACCUGGGUCUCCUCCUCGGUGUCGGUGCUCACAUGCAGGAGCUCCGUCGUGUGCGCAGUGGUGCGAUGGAUGAGAACCACGGCCUGGUUACCCUCCAUGAUGUUAUGGAUGCUCAGUGGGUGUAUGACAACCAGCGCGACGAGUCGUACCUGCGCAAGGUCAUCCGUCCCCUGGAGAGCCUGCUCACCACCUACAAGCGUAUUGUUGUCAAGGACAGCGCGGUCAACGCCGUCUGCUACGGUGCCAAGCUGAUGAUUCCGGGUCUUCUGCGCUUUGAGUCCGGUAUCGAGGUCAAUGAAGAGGUUGUCCUCAUGACCACCAAGGGUGAGGCUAUCGCCAUCGGUAUUGCGCAGAUGUCGACCGUCGAGCUCACCACCUGCGACCACGGCGUCGUCGCCAAGGUCAAGCGCUGCAUCAUGGAGCGCGAUCUCUACCCCCGCCGCUGGGGUCUGGGACCUAUUGCGGUGGAGAAGAAGAAGCUCAAGUCCGCCGGCAAGCUCGAUAAGUACGGUCGCACCAACGAGGCCACCCCUUCCAAGUGGAAGAGUGAAUACAAGGACUACUACACCUCCGAAGAUGCCAGCGCACAGGUGGCAACUGAGGCACCGCAAGAGACUCCGGCCUCCCCGCCUGUGGAGGAGAAGGCCGAGGAGAAUGACACGGAGGACAAGAAGAAGCGCAAACACGAGGACGAGACCGCUGAGGAGCGGGCUGAGCGCAAGCGCAAGAAGAAGGAGAAGAAGGAAAAGAAGGAGCGCCGCAAGUCCAAGAAGGAGGACAGUUCGGACAGCGAGUAG